AUGACCGAUGAGCGAACUCUGGCAGUACAGCUCCCAAGCCACCUGCACAUCGUCGACAAAGCAAUCAAUGCAUGGCCAGCGAGUACCCAAUGGCUUCGGCUCAACAACUCUGCUGCCACCACCACCGAUGAGCCAGCCUCGGGAGCUACGAAGCUGCGCAGGAUGCUGUUCGAGACCAACGAACUUAUCGUCUGUCCUGGUGUCUAUGAUGGCCUUUCCGCUCGCACCGCCUUGGAGCUGGGCUUCAGCGGCUUAUACAUGACUGGAGCUGGUACUACUGCAUCACGUCUGGGACAGCCUGACUUGGCUAUUGCCCAGCUUCAUGAAAUGCGCGAGAAUGCCGAAAUGAUCGCCAACCUCGACCCUUUCGGUCCACCCCUCAUUGCAGACAUGGACACUGGCUACGGAGGACCUAUUAUGGCCGCGCGAACCGUCGAGCAAUACAUCCGAGCCGGGGUAGCUGGGGCUCAUCUUGAGGACCAAGUGCUUCAAAAGCGCUGUGGUCACUUAAGCGGCAAGAAGGUUGUGGACCGAGAGGAAUAUAUUGCUCGCAUUCGCGCAGCUCACGCAGCCCGAGUUCGCAUGCGAUCUGACUUCGUGCUCAUUGCACGAACGGACGCUCUGCAGCAGUACGGUUACGACGAGUGCAUCGCCAGAAUGAAGAUGGCACGCGAUGAGGGUGCCGAUGUUGGGCUGGUCGAGGGGUUCACAUCCAAGGAGCAAGCUGCGCAGGCCGUGAAGGACUUGGCACCCUGGCCGCUGCUUUUGAACGCUGUCGAAAACGGGAAGAGUCCUACCCUUACCGUAGAUGAGGCACGCGUCAUGGGUUUUCGCAUCAUGAUCUUCAGCUUCGCUACGCUGGCUCCAGCAUAUUUGGCUAUCAAGGAGACUUUAAUGCGACUGAAGACCCAGGGCAUUGUCGGGACACCCAAGAAUGUAACUCCGGUGACGCUCUUCGAAGUCUGCGGGUUGAAGCAUAGUAUGUCUGUGGAUAUGAACGCUGGUGGGGCCUCAUUCAAGGAGGGUGUAUGA